GUGACAUGCUGGAUGUCAAAAAUUACGUCACAGAUGUGAAGAGCUGGCUGGUGAUGUUUGGCUUCCAGCUCAGUAACAUAAUCCCUGGGUUCCCUCGACACUCGCUCUACUUUGUGGAGCCACCAUACGAGCUGCAGGCCACCCAGCACUGUGAGAACGGACAGCUCAUCACGGGUGUGCAGCAGGCAGCAGAGCGUCACAACCAGGCCUUCAUGGCCCUGGAGGGUCGUCUCCUCAACAAGGAACGCCAAAGACGCAGGGACAAGCCCGGUCACUGGUUUGGCACCAGCACCCCAAUAAUAGGCCGAGGAGUAAUGCUGGCUGUGAAGGAAGGCGGAGUGGUGGCUGGCGUGUCCGCAUUGGCCAGUGACGAUAGCCGUAAAGUGGCUCUGGUGCUUAAUGGUGCCCAGUACCUCGAAGGCACCCAUUACACCCAGGACGGGAAGGACUGUCACUACUUUGUGAAAGUGGGUUCGGCUGACAGUGACCUGCUGGCCCUGGGGCUUACUAACGGGCGUAAGUCAUUGGAGACCGGUAUCAAUGUGACGGUAAGCGGCCGCUCGAGGAGAGGAGUGACUGUGGAGUUUGCAGUUCCAUCGUUAGUAUUGAGUGUUCGGUACGGGCUUGCUGUGGAUGUGGUGGAUGAAGAGAAGGUAAGACUGUUGGAGCUGGCUAGGCAGAGAGCCUUGGCUGGGGCCUGGGCCAAGGAACAGCAGCGGGCCAGGGAUGGAAAGGGAGGCAGUCGCCUCUGGACGGAGGGGGAGCGACAGCAGCUCCUAACGACCGGUAGAGUUCAAGGCUACGAUGGCUACUAUGUACUGCCUGUGGAGCAGUAUCCAGAACUGGCCGACAGCAGCAACAACAUCCAGUUCCUCAGACAGAACGAGAUGGGCAAGAGGUAACAGCCCACCUAAGCUUGCUUGAAGGACACUCUUCCCUCUCGCUCACUUUUACUUCUCUAGAUCCAGCUCUUUUUUCCUACCCAGCCUCCUUGACCCUACUCCUUUCAAAACCCAUGGAGAAUUAACCAACAAAUGGGGUUAAUCACGGAACGCUGCAGGGACUUUUGAAAAGAAUGACUUAUCAGAAAACAUAUUGUUAAUUUUACUGCCACAGGCAAAAAAUUUAAAGUUUAGUCAAAUGGUUCUUUUUUGAAAAAAAAAACUUUGAACUACUGCAAAAGCACUGAAGAACUUUGAGAACUGUUGCUUAAUGAAUAAGAAGAUUCCCCUUUUUAAAAAAGAUAGUGAUAUUUUCGCCCAUAUUUUUUGGGUCACACUGAGAGCGGCCAUGACAGCUACUGAACGCACGGUGGAGUUGUACUGUGCUGGCUUCUGCGGGGAAGGCUUGUCUGUCUCUAAUAGACACUUAAGGCAUAGGGACCAAAGUGGAGACAAAGCCACUCCAGAGUUCAGGCAUUACAACUACACAUCAACAGAGGACAUCAUAAACAGCAACAAACAAGGCAAUGUCAAUGGUCGUCCAAUACUAUGAGUCGUCUCCCUGUCUCAGGCCUCCCAUCGUCCACCACGGACCAGUCCUCUGCCGCUGAGGCAGUGCACAUCCAACCAAGCAACACACAAGCUAACGGCAUCCUUGAACAAAUCCGAGCUGUUAAUGGACUAGAAUCUAGAAAAUAAACUUUUUAAAAAACAAAGUCAAAAAAAGUGAUGGCUAUAUUUGUGGACAGUGGUAUCACACAGCAUUGUUUAUUUUGAAAUGGGGAGAAGA